UCAUCAUUUUUUUUAUUUCUUGGCGGUUUUAAGCUUUACUCUUUCGAACAUUCGCUUAUUUUAUUUUAUUUUUAUUUUCACUGAACACACUCUCUUUAUCUUGAUCUCAAAGGCUUCUGUUUUGAGCUGGAAAUUAAGUAGAUCGGAGAGUGAUAAGUGGUUGCCGUGUUGUUUACAGAUGAAAUGAGGGAAAAACUGGAAACAUGAAUGCAGGUCUUGAAUUGUAGUACAAGUUAAGGUUAUAAAAUGAGAACGGAGAGGAAACCGCAUUUGAUAAAGAAGCCUGCUGAUGUGAAACGUCAAAGUGUUGAUGAAUCCCUUGGCCCUGGCUUGAAAGAUGAAGCAACUGAGGUUGAGCAUUUACUCGUGGAACCUAAAAGUGAACAUGUCUCGGUAGACAGAGUCUUUUGUUUCGGGAAGGAGAAUAUAGAAAAACACUUGAAAAUGGAGGACUUCUCUUGUGCUUUUGAUUAUGGCUGGAAAAUUGGUUCUGGUGGGCUGGAUUCUAUCCACGGUCAAGGAGGAGAUGAUUUGAAGCUUGAAGUUCUUGAUGGAUUGCUGGAUGAAGUUGAUGAAGUGGAUGAUAUUCAAGCAGCACAUGAUCUCUCCAGUGCAUGUGAAGAUUUUCUUUUGGAUAUUGAAUUUCCAGAAAAGUUCUCUGAAUUGGAUUGUGGCCCUUACGUAGGAUCAAAUUUGCGUAACUCAAGUUCUGAAAGUCAUUCACCUGGUGGAAGUAGUAAUAGUGUUGGUGGCAUGUCAGAAUCAUCGAUUGUAACUGUUCAAGAAUCCAACAGCAAGAAUGGUGUGCUUGGGAAGAUGGUCAAUUGUGAUAUACAUCAUACCAUUAGGAGCGAAUGUGGGUGUCAGGCUCCAGUUAUGGAAACCAUUCGUCCUAGUAAAGAACAUGGGCAAGAUUUUGUUGAGUCUGAUGACGAAAAACCUUUAGUAAGUUUUAUAGUGUCUAAUAAGAAAGUAAAAAGCUCUGUUAAAGUAACAAAAGGUGGCACUCUUCUCCGACAGAAGAGACUACGGAAACCUACUAAGAGGUAUAUUGAGGAAUUUUCUAGAAAUUCUACUACUUCUGGAAAGAACAAGUGCCUUAAAGUCAGAUCACAAGAAGAAUUUUCACAAGUCCCAUCUGAAUCCCAAUCACGAAGAGGACGUCCCAAGAAAAUUAUGCCAAAAAUGGAGUUUGAAUCUGAUUGUGAGCUUUCAGCAUCUGAAUCUGAAGAUGAGUGUAAGAGGACCAAAAGAUUCAAAACGGCUUGUGAUAGGAGGAAGCAUCAAAGGAUGUGGACUCUUGCGGAGGUGAUUAAGUUGGUUGAUGGAAUUGCUCAGUAUGGUGUUGGAAGAUGGACCGAUAUUAAAAAGCUUCUAUUCGCAUCAUCUGCUUACCGGACACCUGUUGAUCUAAGGGACAAAUGGCGAAACCUUCUAAGAUCUAGCUCUGCUCAUAAACACAACAGGAAAGAGUUGCAGGGUGAGACUAACAUGAAGCAUUAUGUACGUCCAUUACCAAAGACAGUGGUAUGCCGUAUCCGUGAACUUGCGACCAUUCAUCCAUACCCAAAGGCUCGCAGCCCAAAUCUUUCAUCCAUCAAUUCCGAUCCUUCAUCCAAACAACCGACAACAACUAAAGCCGCUCCAAUCAACACUCACGGGAGAAACCUACGCGGAAAGAAGUGUAAUUGAAGUAGUGCAUUUUCAGUCGAUUUGCAGUGAAUCAAAGCUGCAAUUCGAGUUUUAGUUGUAAAGAAGCCGUGUUUUUCCCCCAACAGUCCCCCUCUUUUAACACCUAUCGUAAUCUGCACAUAUAAAUAUGUUCCCAGACCAGUAGGAAAUAUCUGGUAAAUGUUGCAACAAGUUAAAAGAAACACAACUUUUAGCAAUUUUAACAGCCAGGAAUAUGGCUAAACUGAUGUUUAAACAAUAUGUUUUACUUCCAUAUUUUGUGCACAAGCUUAAGUUUUAGUUCGAAACUCAAAAA